AUGGAGAACAAUAAGAUUACUAUGUUCCGGUCACUCGAUGCUCACUUAACUAACUACACCAUCAAGGCCAAGAUCAUAUCAUUGUGGCAUAAAAAAAUGAAUGGUGAUGAUAAGCAAAUAUAUCGAGUUGAUAUGUUGUUGAUGGAUGAGGAGGGUUCAUUUAUUCAAUGUAGCUGUUUGAACAAACUUUUCAAACGGUUCCUCAAGCAUUUGGUUGUUGAUGACUGUUUAUUGAUUCACAAACCAUCACUUGCAAAAGAUACUACAAAGAUAAAGGUUACGGGAAAAUAUCAGAAGCUAUCUUUGUAUCCAUUCAGUUCUGUUCUGAAAAUAGAGAAUUGGUCUGGGCCUCGCUACUAUUUUCGUUUCACUGAUUUUAAAUCUGUGUUGACCAAAAAAGUUCCAGCUAAUACUCCUAUAGAUUUUGUUGGUUACGUGGUUGUGUCUUAUCCUAUUGAGGAUGUGGAUAAAAAGGAUGGCACUAAAGCCAAACAAAUGAACCUAACUCUCAAAGAUCUCCAUGAUACCAAGAUUAGUCUUACAUUAUGGGAAAACUAUGCAAUCGAGAUGUCCGAUUACAUGAAUGGUAAGAACCGCGAAGAUCAUGUGGUUCUUCUUGUGCAUUUUGGCACGGUAAACAUCUAUCAAGAAAAAAUUGGCCUUACCAAUAUGUUUGAAGCAAGUCGUCUAUUCAUUAAUUCUGAUAUUGAUGAGAUAAGAGAGUUCAAAGACAGGUAUGUGGAGAAGGAGUUUUCUCAAUCGUCUUCCAGUAAACAAUCAUGUUCUCAAGUGAUAUCCAAUGUUGAAGAUCAGUUUCUUAAUGCUGGUGACUUUGUGUUCAAUGCUUUCAUUUCUUCCAUUGAUAAGGAGAAGAAGAUUGUCAUUGUUGGUACUGUUAUUGCAAUAUCAAAUCAUAGCCUUGCUAUUAAGCUUUUUAAGAAAACCGCCAAACAACUCCUGGAUGUUUAUACAAAGGUUGACAGUUCCACAGAAGGAGCCUUUCAAACACUUCCAACUGAGUUUGAUACGCUGAUCAACAGAAAGUUUGCUUUUCAAAUCAAAGUUUCCAGUUAUAACAUUGCUAACCAGUCGGAAAACUAUGGAAUUUCUAUGUUAUCUUCUGAUGACGACAUACUCUCAGCGCUAGAGAAUAAAUGGAAAAUUAAUGAGUUUGAUCAGUCUGAGUCAAAUGUUCAAUCAUUGUCUGAUUCGGUCGGUAAUGUCAAAUUCAUAUCAAAGGAAUCACAUUCUGUAAUUGGUGACAAUGUUACACCAGAACAUGUUGAUGUUACCGAUCAUGGUCAGUCAAAGUUGGAAAACAUCAAACGUAACCUUCAAGAAGUUUAUGAUGUUGAUGCUGUUGACAGCUCUUCUACUAAACGUCCGAACAUUCCUGGGAAUGUUGAAAUAAAAGAUGUUAUCAAGUUUGACCUCAUCACCCCAAAGUUAGAGAAAUGA